AUGGAUCGUAGUUGGAUGUACGAUAGAGUAUAUUCCAAUAGACACAGAUUGAAAGAAGAGUAUGUUCGCGGGGUUAAAGACUUCGUAAAUAGGGCUUUGAAACAACCUAUUUGUAAAUCUGAGGGAGGGAUAAGGUGUCCGUGUAUAAAUUGCAAGUGUCUCAAGAUAAGAACACCAACUAAUGUUAGACUUCACUUGUAUCGAGAUGGAUUUCAACCAGACUAUUGGAUUUGGACUCAACAUGGAGAAGUAGAGCUCAAUGUUAAUAUAAGGAAUGAUUCAAAUGGUAGUGAGGCAAUGAAUCAGAUGGUGUAUGAUGCUUUUAGGCCUUAUGGAGUAUUCUCUCACGUGAAUGAUAACAUAGAAGAUGAGGAAUAUACGGAGGAUGAGUUUCCCAACGAAGAUGCCAAACGAUUUUAUGACAAGUUGAUAUCUUUCAACAAGCCCAUUUAUGAGGGAGCUACCCAAUCAAUAUUAUCAAUAUCUACUCAACUUCUUGAAAUUAGGUCUAAUUGGCAUGUUCCACAAAAAGGUUUAGAUUUUGUUGCACAAAUGCUUAAAAGUGUAUGUCCAGUUCAAAAAUGCUUGCCCGAGAACUAUUACCAAGCAACACAGUUGGUAUCUAAGUUAGGGCUAAAGGUUGAGAAGAUUGAUUGUUGUAAGAAUGGUUGUAUGUUAUAUUACAAGGAUGAUAGCAAGAUAUCAGAGUGCAAAUUUUGUAAUGCUCCUAGGUUCAUUCCUCGCAAGACUGGCAUGGGAAAGUACAAAGAUAUCCCAAUGAAGAGAAUGUUCUACUUCCCAAUCAUUCCCAGAUUACAAAGAUUGUAUGCAUCAACUGAGUCAGCAACUGAAAUGAGAUGGCAUCACAUGAACAAAAAUAGUUCCAACAUCCUUCGCCACCCGUCAGAUGGAAAAGCAUGGAAACAUUUUGAUGGUGUAUAUCCUAACUUUUCUAGGGAACCCAGAAAUGUAAGUUUGGGUCUGUGCUCAGAUGGUUUUACUCCUUACAUUCAAGCGUCUGCUUCUCCAUACUCAUGUUGGCCAAUAAUAGUUACUUUGUAUAAUCUCCCCCCUGAAAUGUGCAUGACCAAACCAUACUUGUUUUUGGCAUGUCUCAUACCCGGACCUAAAAACCCUAAAUUAAAGAUAGAUGUCUACUUGCAACCAUUGAUUGAUGAUCUACAUCGAUUAUGGUCCAAUGGAAUAUUGACCUAUGAUAUAUCUACAAAACAAAACUUGAUCAUGAAAGCCUGCUUGAUGUGGACAAUUAAUGAUUUUCCAGCCUAUGGUAAGUUAUCUAGAUGGGGAACACAAGGUAAAUUGGCAUGCCCUUAUUGUAUGGAACACAUUGAUGCUUUCGCCUUGAAAAGCGGCCAUAAGAAUUCCUGGUUUGACUGUCAUCGUUGUUUCUUGCCAUCUAAUCACUCCUUCAUAAGGAGUAAAAGAAGUUUCCUAAAAAAUAGGGUCGUGACCAAUGAGCCACCUCCCAUUUCCACAGGGAAAGAUAUAUGGGCGGUAAUAAGUAAUUUUCCAAAAGUUACUGAAAUUGGAUGUGAGGCGAAAUGGAAAGAAAUCGAAGGGUAUGGAGUGGAUCACAAUUGGAAAAAGCGGAGUAUUUUUUGGGAUCUCCCAUAUUGGAAGGAUAACUUGUUAAGGCAUAACCUCGAUGUAAUGCACAUAGAAAAAAACGUCUUCGAUAAUAUAUUUAACACUGUCAUGAAUGUUAAGGACAAAACAAAGGAUAACGAAAAGGCAAGAGAAGACUUGGCUAAAUUAUGCUUUCGCGGGGACUUGGAGCUCCAACCCUUAGAAAACGGAAAGAAUGGUAAACCAAAGGCUAGUUACACUCUAACCAAAUCUGAAGCCAAGUUGGUUUGUAAAUGGCUUAAGGAAUUGAGAAUGCCAGAUGGCUAUGCUUCAAACCUCAGUAGGUGUGCCAAUGUAGAAAAGGGUACGGUGCAUGGGAUGAAGAGCCAUGAUUGUCAUGUUUUCAUGGAAUGUUUACUCCCAAUUGCAUUCCAUUCAUUGCCAGAUUUGGUUUGGAAACCAUUAACUGAGCUAAGUCGAUUCUUUAAAGAUCUUUGUUGCAAUACGUUGAGGAUGGACGACUUAGUUAAGUUGGAUGAGAAUAUUCCAAUUAUCAUAUGCAAGUUAGAAAGGAUUUUUCCACCAGGUUUCUUUGACUCAAUGGAGCAUCUUCCAAUCCAUCUUGCCAAAGAAGCAAUUCUAGGUGGUCCAGUACAGUACCGAUGGAUGUAUCCAUUCGAAAGCAUAUUCUUAGAGAACCACUCUCUAGAUAUAGAAGAUUCAUCUGGACGCAUACAUAUAGAGUUUCCCAUAUGGCUGAAGAAAUAUGUAAAUGAGGAGACAAAUGGAGUUACUAACCAAGAUAUAAUUGCCUUGUCUCGCAGUCCUGCAUCAAUGGCCAUAUCAUGGAACAUGUAUUUUAUCAAUGGGUACAAGUUUCAUACUGAAGAAUGGAGCAAAGGCAGAAAAACUAGCAAUUGUGGUGUGCACGUGAAAGGUCUUGCAGAAGGAGGAAAUACUGAUUUUUAUGGAAUAAUCAAACAUAUCUUUGAGCUAGAUUACUUUGGUCUAAAGCAAAAGAUUCCAGUUUUUUAUUGUGAAUGGUUUGAUCCAACAAAGAAUACGGGCACAAAGGUUCAUCCAUAA